GUGAUUUUUCUCUACAUAGGUAAUUAAGUUUAUAAAAAACUCUCGAAAAGUAGAGGCGAUAAUACCACUUUUUUUUCUUUCUUUCUUAGUAGUAAUAUUUUCCCCUGAUCCAAUUGUUUCCAAGCAAAAGAAGAAAGAAAUGGCCGCUGCCGUUCCUCCUCCUCCUGUUUCCGCCGAUGUUGCUUCUUCUCCUCUUUCGCCUCUGCCUUUGGCUUCUACGGGAUGUGAAUCGAAGGAAGAAGCAGUGAACGAAGGACUGAAUCAGGAGCAACAACAGCAAGACGGAAUGAAAGAGUGUAUGCACAAGACUAAGCCAAUCCAGUUCUUAGGCCGUACUACGCCUAUUAUUCUCCAGAACGACAAUGGACCUUGCCCGCUCCUGGCCAUCUGUAAUAUUCUCCUUUUAAGGAACAAUUUGAGCCUGAGUCCGGAUAUAGCAGAAGUUUCACAGGAGAAAUUACUUUCUCUGGUGGCUGAGCGCCUGAUUGAUUCUAACAGUAAUGUCAAUAAUAAAGAUGCAGGAUAUGUCGAAAACCAACAGCAGAAUAUUGCAGAUGCUAUUGAUUUACUUCCACGCCUUGCUACAGGGAUUGAUGUAAAUAUUAAAUUUAGAAGAAUGGAUGACUUUGAGUUCACUCGAGAGUGUGCCAUAUAUGAUCUUCUUGAUAUUCCCCUCUAUCAUGGUUGGAUAGUUGAUCCCCAGGACUAUGAAACUGCCAGUGCCAUCGGGUCAAAAUCCUACAAUACUAUUAUGGGGGAGCUCGUCACAUUGGAAACACGAAAAAUGGAGGUUUCAUGUAAAAACAAUUCUGAAGAUUGUGUGGAUUUUGCAGCCGCAACAACUGCCACCCUAGGAGUUCCCUCUCCCAGCCUAGCAAAAACCAGAUCAUUUGAUGAUUCUCCUCGUUCUGUUUCUGAUCAGAAAAGCAUAGGAAAAGGGGAUAUUGAGGAGGAAGAAGAGCUAAUGAGAGCCUUGAAAUUAUCAGAAACUGAAUUGCCAACCUCAAGUGGUGAUCCUGGCAGUUUUGAUAUAAGAUCAUCUUCAAACAACCCGGUUUCUAUAGAUUCUGUAGAGGAACAAGAGGGAGACAAAGGUGUUGAACAUCAGAACUUGCAGCAGCAUGAACCAUCCUUAUCAGAUAAUUGCACUUCCUUGAGCAACAAUAGUGGUGAUCAGACGUGUUUUGAGACCCUUUCAAAGGAAGAGUUCCUAAAUACUAAUGGGGUUAUUCAGGAUCAAUCAUUUUAUGUUAAAUCUGGGGAUAUUACCCUUUCUAAUGAUGUGAUCAAGAAGAAUAAUGUUAAGACAAUGGUUGUUAAGGGGAGUAGCGCUGAUGAAUUGCUCCAGAUUGAAGAUGCUCUUCCUUUUUUUCCUGCAAAAAGUGCUUCUGCAGAUGGAAACAAUACUGAAAUUUCAGAAUGGGGUGGAAAGAUUGAGAUCCAAUCCAAAUCUACAACUGAUGCUCUUGACAUUCCAAAUAAUGUUAAUGGUUGUGACACAACAGAAGAGUUGUCUGUAUCUUUGCAGAAUGCUGGUUCAGAUUCAUCGAGUGACAGAAUACAUCAUGCAGAUGUGCCUGAAACGUUUACUUCUAGUCUUGAUGGAAGUGAACCUAUAUAUGAAGGUGAAGAAUGCAUACUAGAUUCAGUAACAACAUAUCAAGAACGGGAGCCUGUAUAUGAAGGUGAGGUAUUUCUUGCAAAACAAGCUGACAAAACAGCUGUAGAGGACUCCAAUAUGAGGUCUAAAGAUGAAAUCACUCCACGGCAAGGGGAACUGAUUAGAAAUUUCUUGAAGAACAAUGCUAGUCAAUUGACCUUUAAUGGGCUUUUUUGCUUACAAGACGGGCUUAAGGAACGUGAACUCUGUGUUUUCUUUCGAAAUAAUCAUUUCAGCACCAUGUUUAAGUAUGACGGUGAACUUUAUCUUUUAGCUACUGACCAAGGCUAUUUAAAUCAGCCCGAUUUGGUGUGGGAGAAACUCAAUGAGGUAAAUGGAGAUACACUGUUUAUGACUGGCAACUUUAAGGAAUUCAAGGUGGAUAGUCAUACGAAUGGUUCUUGGGAUGAACAAAAUGCUAUGGCUAGUACAGCUGACUACAUUGCCAGCAUUGAUGGUGCAGCACAAGCUGGGUUGGAUAUAACCUCAGAUUUACAGCUCGCAAUAGCAUUACAGCAACAAGAGUUUGAACAACCACCACAGCGUCAGAAUGUGCAGCAACCUCCUGUUGUUGGUGCUUCAAGAUUAGUAACAGGUCCCCAGGUGCCGAGAAGCAGUGGAGGAAGGAACCCGUCAUCUUCAAUGCCAAAGCAAGAUGCAAAAUCAAAGGAGAAGUGUAUUGUGAUGUGAGGUUCGUUUUUUAAAGCAUUUAGGAAGUCAAUGAACUGUAAAUGAUUUGUCUUUUGGUCCAAUUGCUAUUCAACGCUAUAAUAAAUCCCUUGAUUAACCAA